GCAGUCAAGAUUGUUGAUAUAAAUCUAAAUACCCAUGAGCCUCUACCUUAGCAACUUUUGCAUGAACAUGACAUUGCAUGUGUCUAUUGUGGUAAUCGUGGGCUUUCCUAUGUAUGACUCUGUAGACUUUCACUUUCCAUUGUAAAGUGCUGUCUUCUAUCUAGUAACAGUAGUGGGCUUUAUCAAAUCAGCAUGGAGAGUAGGCAUUCUCUUUAUUGAAAGCUACAAUCUUCUUGCCUAAAAUUUUCAACAUAUUCUUUUAUUUAUAGAGUGGUCUUUUGCAAAAUGAGAAGGUAAGAGAUGUACACAGCUCAGUAACACCAUGUCAACAUUGUCCCCACCACCUUCCUCAGUCAGUAGAAACAGUACAAAUGUUUGCAAAGGUGCAGGUGCAAAUUUUGUACUGAAGGGAUCUAAACGGUUCUACACUGUUUGACACGCAAAGCCUCAAGCUGCUCAGAUUCCUCUUUAUGUUACAUAUGGGGUAUUUUUAGUGGCAGUACCAUUACAUGACUGCCAGGACGAGCAGACAGAUACAUACCGGAAGACAUACUAUACUCAGGAAUAUCCCACUGGAAAUAUGAUAGUUUAGCUGUCAACAUGGAUAUCAUAUGUGCAGAUGUAAUGUACUAAAGCAACAUUUGGGCACAAAGAGGAAUAUACUUUAUACGCUUUUGGAAUGAGACAAAUAGCUUGUACUUCAAUGCUCAAAUCAUAUAACGUUUACACUGUAGAAAGGCAGGUUGGUGAGGCAAUGCUAAGGUUUAAUGACUAUAAAUGUUAAUCCUUUUUCAUGUUCUUUCCUGAAUAUUUCCAUUGUCACUAAUAAGUGAACAGACUCUGAGACUUCCACCCUUCUUUCUCUGCUUCCAACAGAUGAGAACUUCAGUCUCAAACACGACAGGGCCUUCCUGCUGUCAAUGGCCAAUCGUGGGAAGGACACCAAUGGCUCACAGUUUUUCAUGUGAGUGACAUUCAGUAAAUUAUUUCACUCAGAGCCUUUUAAUAAGUAAAGCAAUUUCACUAACAUGCUAUUUUGCAGUACUGUUUUUGCUUUCUGUCCCUUUUUCUGUUUUGAAACUGUAGAUUAGCAUUUGUCAUUAAGUAUGACGGUCAAUAAUCCCCUCUCUGUGUAGUUCAUAUUCAAAGUGCAGAGAAACUUGGAUUCGUUCUUUUUUUUACCUACAAAUGUGUUACAUUUUUUCUCUUGCCAUUUUUGUGUAAAAUUUGCAGAAACUCUAGCAUCCAGCUCUUCCAAGGUAAUGUGUCUCCAAGGCUGUGUUUCUCUCUCCUGACUGUAUUCAUUAUUUAGUAGUUUGUAUCGAACAUUAUGCAAAGUUCAAUGUGUUACAUGUGUUUAAUUGAUAUUCACCAUUGGCUUGAGGUGUGAUAUAUGAAGAUUACAGGCUUAAAGUAGUCGUCACUAGAGGUUAGAAGUGUCAUUCAUGAAUAAGAACUAAUCUGAUAUAUGUCAAGGGAAAGAUAGAGACUGUUGUACUGUUCGUAACUGAAUUGGAAUGCAGUGAAGGGUCUCGCAGGUCUAGCAUCUUUUGAGAUUUCUUGGAUGCUAGAAAAUAAGGUUUGUUAAGGAUGCUUUUCUUUUCUAAUUCUUUUCCUCCUUUUCUCCCUUUUUAUGAACCCUCCACUGCCAUUGGUGGACCCUCCUCCCAUCGUUGCUAAUUUUUCCUCAAACAGCACAACCAAGAUGGCACCACAUCUUGAUGGAGUCCAUGUUGUCUUUGGGUUAGUCAUCUCUGGGUUUGAAGUGAUAAAGAAGAUCGAGGGGCUAAAGACUGAUUCUGCUAGCAGACCCUACGCUGAUGUGAGAGUUGUCGACUGUGGACAGCUGAUCACAAAGUCAGCCAAUGAUGUACUUGAAGGCAAGAGGAAAAGGACAUCGCAUCCUGCUGACUCUUCCCUCAAUUCCCAUGACUUGUCUUCUCAGUUUUCCUCUUCAGUGGAAUCUGAAAGUGAAUCUGAUAAAAAGCACAAACAUCACAAACAUAAGAGACAUGCUAAAAGCAAACGGCCUAAAAAGAAAAAGAGGGAAUCGAAGAAGGAGAAGCAAACUGAUGUUUUAUCCAAGCAAAGCCCUGCGGGAGGAGAAACGCUGGAGGCAGAGGCUGAAGUGGAGGGAGAAAAGGAGCAGAGUGCAAAGAGGGAAAAGCCUGUGGUUCGACCAGAGGAGAUUCCACCUGUGCCAGAGAACCGCUUCUUGCUGCGACGGGACAUGCCGUCUCAGGAAGAUAAAGUAGAGAUAAUUGUAACAGAAGAAUCAGCACUUUCAGCUGACCAGAAACCAGCGGUCUCUAAGUCAGGACGGAAGAUUAAAGGAAGAGGCACAAUGAGAUAUCACACUCCUACAAGGUCUAAAUCCCGCUCUGCAUCCGUGGAGGAGCGUGGUAGCAGUGAAACACCACCUCACUGGAAAGAAGAGAUGAAGAGAACCAAAGUUUACCAGCCUCCAAGUGUAGAGCGAUGGACCAAAGGAGACAAAUUGAAUGACCAUUCCUCAAGCAGAUGGGAUGACAGAAGUGACUCGGCAUGGUCCAAUUCCCCAGACCGCUCUUCAGAUCAUAGCUCCAAGAGGUCCAGCCCGCGGCGACAACAUAAGAAGGAGAAGAAAAAAGCAAAACGCAAGAAGAAGGCCAAAAAACGGAAACAUAGUAAGAAGAAGAGCUCUAAGAACAAACAUCAAGAUCUCUAUGCAUCAGAUGAUGAGAGGUCCGUGUCUUCAGGAUGGCGGUCCAAGUCCAGAAAAUCCUGUUCUCUGUCUCGUUCCCCUUCAAGUCAGCGGCAUUCAUCGACCACAAGGAGGCGACGGUCUUCCCAGUCUCUUAGAACCUCGCGAUCCUACUCGAGGUCCUACACGUCACACAGUCGCUCCAGAUCUCGAGGAAGAUCCAGGUCUUACUCAAGAUCCAGGAGUGUAUCUAAAUCUCAAAGUCGAUCACUCUCUAGAUCUAGAUCUCCUACAUACUCUCGGUCCAGAUCACGUUCAAGGUACAGAUCCAGGUCUUUGUCUCCAUCUAGGAAGAGGAGUCUAUCAAGAUCCCCAAGAAAAAGAAAAGCCAGUAAACCCAAAUCAGAUAACAUAAACCCUGUGCCUGAGAAGCUUCCAGAGAGCAAAGUGACCCCUGUCCCCAGACUCCCUACAGUCCCCACCCCUGAAAGUGUUCCUGUGAUUCCCCUUAGUGACAGUCCUCCACCCUCACGCUGGAAACCUGGACAGAAGCCAUGGAAACCCUCCUACAUCCAGCUUCAGCAAAUUAAAGCGAAAGUUGCUCUGAAUACGCUCAGCUCAACUGGACAAACGGCUGAUAGUGUUACAGAAAAAGCUCAGAUGUCUGUUACGCCAAAAUGUCCACCAGGUGACACCGACGGUGAAUAUAGGCACGCUGAGAAAGCACACAGGACUGCACGGCACUCGCGCAGUGGAUCAUCCAGAAGCAGGUCCUACAGCCGCUCAUAUAGUCGCUCAAGGAGUAGAGGUUAUAGCAGGUCCAGGUCCAGAUCCCCUCAUCGAGAUUAUAGCAGGUCAUCUUCCUACAGCAGAUCAGACUCUGACAACUCCCAGAAAGCAAGUAACAACAAGAAAGACUUAUUAAACAAAGAAUGGAAAGAGUACUACACGUCUCUAAAGAGGAUAAAAAAUUUAGAUAAGUACAUUUCCCUUGCUAGUACUCGCUCACGAUCACAGAAUAGAACAGGCAGUGAGGGUACUCCUGAUGUCAGUGUCUCAAAGAGAAGUAGCUCUUUGGAGAAAAAAGAGAAAGGUGUUUCACAGGAUCAAGAGACAAAACAUCACAGUUUAAAGACAGUUGGUAAUGUCAAUACCAGGUCUGAGUGGGACAGUGACAGUGACAAAGUGAGCCAAAGCAACAGCACUGCUCUGUCAAAAAAACAGAAACAAGCAGUUCAGUCCAGUGAAUUUCCAGACAAGAAGCUCUCAUCCGUCACUGGAUGGAAUUCUGAAAGUGAUUCUGAAAAUAUGAAUGCCAGGAUAACGGCCAUAUCUGAAAAAGAGGAGGGGGAGGCUAGUUCCGAAUCUGAGGAUGAAGCUCUUAAAGCUAUAAAAAAGACAUCAGAUGCAGUGACUGCUCUUGGACACAAGAUUACUGCUGCCAUUUCUUCUUACUCAGAGGAAAGUCCUAAGAAACCUCCAGAGCCCGAGAAGCACAAGAGUAAGAAGAAAACUAAACGUAAGCAUAAACACAAAAGGAGAGGUGAAAACAAAACCAGUUCUCAUCACAGUAAAGACAAAGCAAAGAGAUCUAAAAGGAAACAUCAGAAGCUGAAAGAGACUUUCCACUGGCAGCCGCCUUUGGAGUUUGGAGAGGAAGAAGAUGAUGAUGAAUCCAAGAAAGAGAAACACAGUCCAGGGGGAGUCAGAGAGAGGCCAGAUGUAGAAAAUGUGAAUGACAAUGACCAAAAUCUGACCUCAUUCAGUAAGAAUCCUAGUAGAGAAGAAGACAAAGGUAAGCAGAAGACAAAAGAAUGUAUUAAUAAAACCCCAAAACAAACACAACUUCAUCGUCAGGCAUCUAAUAAGAACGGUACUAGCAGCUCCUCUUGUAACAAAGAUCAACAAUCGUUAGAUGAUAUGGACAUUUGUACCCCAGAGCGUGAUACAAGUGUUGAGUCUGCACUUACAGAAGACUUUACAAACUGCUCUGAUUUUAACCUUAAAUCUACCUCUAAGUCUUCAAAUAUGGCAGAUAAAGAAAGUCCAAUGCCUCAGCAUCAGAGCAAAGAACAGAGUCUUAUUACCUCUACAACAAGAGCUGGUGGACUGCAAGAUGAAGUAUCCAAACCGCUUGACGCUGGAAUAAAUUUGAAAUGGAAGCCCCUGAAAGGAAUGUCAGCUCUACCAAAUGUGAGUGUGCCACCGGUUACCACCAAGAACAUACAAAUUCAAGAAAACCAGACGCCCAACACGCAGGGAGUAAGAAUGGAGAUAAAAAGUAAAAGCCGGGUCCGACCAGGAUCUCUGUUUGAUGAAGUCCGUAAAACUGCACGGCUCAACCAGAGACCAAGGAACCAGGAGAGCUCCAGUGAUGAAAGAUCUCCCUCCGCCGGGAAAACCAGAGAUGCAGCCCAUCCACGCUCUCCAAAGAAGUCUAGAUCUGUGCCCAGGAAGUCUCGGUCUCCCUCCACCCACCGGUCCCGCUCCAGAGAGUGGUCCCAUUCCUACAGCAGGUCCAGAUCUAGAUCCCGGAGCUCCAGCUAUUCCUCCAGGAGCCGAAGCAGGAGUAGACGAAGACAUGGAAGAGGACGGUCACGCUCUCGCAGCAGCACAUAUCGAAGUUACAGGAGUCACAGUCGAACAUAUAGUCGAAGUCAUUCCAGGAGUCACUCAUAUAAUCGCCACAGGAGAUCCAGGUCAGACUCUUAUGACAGCUAUUCCAGUCGGAGUCGGAGCGCGAGCAGGAGACGGGGGCGCAGACGAAGUGACAGCUACAGAAGCUCAGACCGCCGUUCCAGGUCUUACCACUCCUCCAGUCGCAGUUCUUCCAGACACAGAAGUCACAGCCGUAGCAGUCGGUACAGCUGAGAGGGAACAUGACCACAAAGUCUGGACACUGAGCAAACAUGAGCAGUUACUGUUAUCACUAAUCAGCAACUGAAGCUUCAAGAUUCAAUGUUGUAUUUAAUGUUUUAAUACUGUACUGUAUUGUUCUACCUACAUGGUGGUACUUGUAUACAGAAGAUAUUACUUUUUGUUGAUUGUGGUAGAAUGUAAAUAUAAACUAAACCACUUUACAAGCUAAUACAGAGGCAGAUCCUCAUUGGUCUGGGUCAGGUAAAGGAAAUACAAACAGUGAAAUCUUAUCAACAUGCUCUCUGGCAGCCACACAUUUUCUAUCUCACAACAUGAGAAUUAAAUUGUGAAUAUUUUAUAUUACUGUAUAUAUUGUUAACAGUUUUUUACUUUAGUUUUUCUAUUUCCUCCUCAUGGACUGAUGUGUAUGGGUUGAGGCUAUGCCUUAAAUUCAUGGUAAACAAGACAGGAUUGUUCUCAAGAAAAUGAAUGGGAAAAAUUACUUUUUGUUGCAGGAAAUGGUUCGUUCUGUUUCUUUUCUGUGUCAUGAAUGUUAAAACUACUCAAAGAACAGUAGGUCUGAUUUACAUUUUAUCAAAACUGUUAUGAAUGUUAAUGGCUAAUAAAUGCUACCACAUCAUAA